AUGAUUCGUGCUCGACUUUCACGCGACCCGCGGGCGCGCUCGCCCUCCCCCCUUCCUCCGGCUCAGGACCCCUCAACACAGCAAGCCCAGCCAUUCAGCAUCCCCACGAUCUGCCUCACAACGGCGACGCCCAAUACGUCCGCCGUCUCCGAUUCCUCCCUCGUCGCCCCGUUCGCGAACGCGCCGCCUGUCCCGCCUCUUCCUCUCGCGCCGCGCGCAGAGGACGCGCCGAAGCGGCGCCUCGUGCCGAAGAAGUCCAAGCUGUCGCUCCUCGCCAACGUCGGCGCGAAGAAAGACAAGAGCCGGGACCUCUCCGACGUCGUUCGGCGCGUCGGUGCGGACGUUCAGGGAUCGGCGAGCGCACGCGGCGGGUUCGAGAUCUACGUCGACCCGACGGACGACCCCGACAUGGGCGAGAUCGUGAUGAUCAAGCGCCAAAAGAGCCGCAGGGCGCUGAACGGGAUGAUGUGGGGUAACGACGGCGCGUUGGGAGAGGUGACGAACGUGCCGAAGGCGUCGAAGGAGAAGGGGAAGGAGAAGGAGAAGGAAAACAAACCGGCGACGGCGACGGAGAAGCUGAAGCCGGGUGAUUCGGGGAGCCAGAAGUGGUGGAGUAUCGGGAGAGGAAGGAAGGAUUCGAAGGAGAAGGGGAGUGAGAAUGAGAAGGAGAAAACCAAAGAGAAGAAAGCGAAACGCUCGAAGACGCCUGACGCGCUUGCAUCACUCGGACGACCACGGUUUGCGUCACUGGAUUCCGGCGUCGUACUCAACUCGCCAGCUGCCCAAGAGCCCUCGAUGGAGCAGCUGUUCGGCUUGCCGCCUCGGCCGGCCCCGACCGUUGUGCAGCCAACCCGAGGCUCGACGCCAGCGACCGUGAUGAUGGCAGGCACGACCCCUAGGUCGUUCCUCGCCCCGCCAAUGUCGCGUGCAGACUCCAGCCCUACGCCGCCGCCCGCGAGCACAUUCCUCGCUCCACCUGGAAUGGCCCGCUCGGAGUCGACCGGCGCGACCGGCGCCACCAACGCGUCCAACUCGGGCUCGAUCGCCAUCCGCGCGAUGCGCUCCAUGCGUUCGCUUGCCCACAUCGGCAGCUGGGCGCAGCUCAAGAACGGCGAGGGCGAGGUGAAGAAGGGUGGCAAGAAGAAGGAGCGAAAGGAGGGCAAGGCGCAGGCGGCACGCAACGCGUCGCAGGCGACAACGAGCAGCUUCGAGGCCGGCGCACUGAGCAUGUGCGGCGGAAGCCCCGAGGUUACGCGCAGGAUGGGCACCGUGUCGAGCAUCCCGGAGGAGGGUCCGAAGGUCGAGAAGAAAAAGAGCGUCCUUGGCCUGGGGAUCGGCCUUGGCUGGCCGAGUACCAUGCGCAUGACGACGUCGCCCGUGGCGGAAGCUGGCACAGUGCGCCUCGUCAAUCAGGAACGCAAGCCGUCGGAACAGCAGACCAACAGCAACCGGCUCUCCGUCGACUCCUAUCCACACGCCGCCAAUCGCAACUCGCAGGCGUCGGGCGUGAGCGGUUUCUUCACCACGCGUGGACGGGCCGGGUCGCGCUCGACCGUGUCGAGCCAAAGCACCGCGGAAUCGCUCCGUCCCAUGUCGACGUCCUCCUACAGCUCGGGUUCAGGCCAUAGCAGCCGCCCGGUGUCCGCCGUCUCAGGCGUCUCAGGCAACAGUGGACGUCCAUCGUCCUGCGUGUCAUCCGCGAGCAGCGUCCGCUGGGACGAAGAGAGGCUGGAGACAGUGCGUGAGGGCCGCGAGCGAGAGAAGAAGACGAGGCCGAAGGGCGCCCGGGCGGCUGGGAGCAAGCGCGCAAGCGGCGAGGGGAGGAAACGCACGAGCCUUGCAGACGUGUUCCCUGGGGUGCGCGCCCCGUCGAGCAUCGGGGAGGAGCAGGCGGAGGACAGCGAUGCGGACGACGAUGACGAACGGAGGUACCCGAUGGUUAUGGUGGAGAGCGCCACAUCGGAUAGCCAUAGCGGAGUGCUGUCGGCGGAGGAGGACGAGGAGGGGGGGAGGGUCGUGAAGCUGGAGACGCCGCAGAAGCAGAGGAGGGCGAGGCCAGUGAGCGAGCAUAUGCUGGGUAAACCCCGACCUGUUGGCAUACACGACGACGUCGAAGGCGUCAAAUCGAUCCUUGAUCAGGCGACAGACGACCUUGCGUUGCUCGUCGAUAACUUGGAGGCAACCCCUGGCACGCCCGACUUAUCCCCGUACCGCGCAUCACCUGGCACUGGAGCAUCCCGCGAGGCGCCGGAGAGUCCUACUGCCGCCGUCGCCCUCAAGAACAAGUGGAAGGGCGAACAGGACAGCCCCGUCAAGCGGCCGACGACGAAGACCAGCCUGGCCUCAAUCACCAGUCUGCGGCCGUAUGCCCAGAGCAGGAGCAAGGCGUCCUCGAAGCCUAUUGGACCUACCGCUACCAUCAGCGCGUCGAACGGUCAUCAGCUCGGCAUGCAGAUCGCGCCAUGGCCCGUGUCCCCUCCCAAGCUCAAGCCGGUCGCAUCUUCCAUUCAUUCAAAUGCGAGGCCGAGACCUAUCACGGAGACGCCACCAGGAUGGAGGCCCACUCACAGGCGCACGCUCAGCCCCCCGGGUCCCGCCAUUGAACCUCCUCCGGUCUUCAAGGCCUUGAGCCCGCCCAUUACCUUGACUUCGAGGAAGCCUAGCCUAGAGGUCCCCGCGGACAGUUCACCGCCCCGUGUGCAUGCGACUCCGCCAACAACCGGCCAUCGGCACACUCCCUCGAGCUUGACUUUCGGGAAAGCCAACUCAAAGGUCGGCAAUCGGCUUGAUCUCGGUGACGAUGCGGCGGAACCAUCACCUACCCCAGUAUUCCGCAAGGCAGCUCAUGGGCGCCCACGUUCAACCGAAAUUCCACCCGAGCAGCAAAGCCCGAAGGAUACCAACGGCAUGCCUCUUGCUCCGGAGGCCAAACGUGGGCUCGGGCUCGGCGGUACCAUGGGUGGCUCAGUCGCAUCUGGUAUGACUACCAAGGAGGUUGACCCUGAGGAUCCGGACUCGGACAUCCCCGACGAAUUGCAAGUCAUUCUGUCUGGGCAGUCUGACGAGGAGAUGACGUCGUUCGGAGAGACGCUCACUCGCCAACUACAGAAUGCGCCGCAAAGGCUCCCAUCGCCUGGCCUUCCCCCGCAACUCCCGCUUCCGAUUCCAGAGGCGGGCGGCGAGAGUCCUCCGACGCUUCAGGUGCCGAUAUUCGAGGCCUUGGUCACCGGACCGAAUGGCAGCUGUCCGUCUUCCCCUGCAUCUACGUCCGAGGACGACACCAAGAAAUCCUUCGAUUUCACUGGCGAACUGAAGAAACUCAACGAAUCUGGCGCAUCUGAUCGCCGUAGCUUUGUCGAACAGCUCGAGAGCGCUUUCCGCACGCCAUCCAAAGUCGACCUCACCCACUUCGGCGACUUCCUCGCGGUCACUGAUGUUCCGCCUGUACCCAAGCUCCCCGAUUUCGUCACUCAGGCGGAGGCGUACCCCGAGACCGAGUCUUCGGACUCCAGCGCGGGUGUUCAUUCGGCAGUCCAUGUUGACAGUACCAGCUCUGAGGAUUCGUCCGUGGAUCAGUCGGCGGUGUUCAGCGAACUGGAGGGAUUGGUUGUCGAGGCCGAGCUACCGAACCCUCUUCCAAGCAUGGAAAUGACUCGUUCACAGUCUUCACUGCGUUCCCGGCCUUCCGAUGGCCAGCUUGACGUCAAUUUCAAAUUUGGUGGAAUGUCGUCUGGGUCGUCGCCUUCGUCAAUCCCCGAGAAGCCAUCGCGACCAGAUCGCCCUCUGACAUUGUCCGACAUCAUCCCUCCUCCCUCCCAUGUGCGCGCAUUGUCGACGUCUGUCAUCGAGGAGGACAGUGAGGUGUUGAAGUCCAUCUUCGCCAAGGCCGCGGAGGUUGAUGCUGCCGAUUCAAGACUUAGAGUUGACUCCACCACUAGCUCCAAGCGUCGCGCACGCGAUAUGGCGAUGGCUUCGCUCACUGGCGCGGCAGCAGGUCACAAGCGCGGCACCUCCGAAAUCAGCUUCGCCGGCCUGGACUCCUUCGAGGAAGUUCGUCGCGGCUUCGAGUUCGGUCCUAAUCGCCCAGCAUUCUACGCCCCUCAAGGCGCACGUGCAACCAAACGGACUCACGGACGCGAGACGUCACUGUUCAGCAUUGCAUCUAUCUCUUCGUACGGGAAGGUCAUCAACCCCGGCGUCAAAGAUCCCUUCGGCUUCACCAUGCCUGGCAUGCCCAGCCGGCCGCCUUCUAUGGAUAUGUCAAUCUCAAUGUCCACACUGGAUGACACUUUCUCCUUCUUGAAGCAGGAUCCUGAGCGGAAGCGCGUGGACAGUGACGCCUCCAGUUUCUAUUUUCGAGCGUCUAGCCAAGCCUCUCACAGGAUGUCCAUCGUUGCCCGCGGGCAUCGUCGUGAUGACUCAGCCUAUUCCGUUGGCUCCGUGGCGGCUCCGCCUAUCAGCAUGUUCAACCGCAGCUUCGGACACCGUCGCGAUAACUCCGGCAGCUCUAGCUCAGUUGCGCUCUCCUAUGCUAUUCACGGCGCAAACGGAGGAAGGGCAGCAUGGGCCCGUCACCAUCGGCAAGAAGCUUCUGUGGACUCAAUCCGCAGUCACUUCUCUGCAGCAAGGUUGGGUCGCCCAGGUCUGGGUGACAAGAUGCUCGAGUCUGCGCCCAUGGACUAUGGCCAGCCGCUCCAUUCUAUUAGCGCAUCCCCGACCGGGAGCGUCAGAGACUUCACAGCUGACUCUGCCGCGUACAUCAGCUCCUAUGAUUCCAUUAUGGACGACGAGCGCAAGACGACUUCGGAAGAUUCCAUCUUCGAUAAGACGGAUUUACGAGCUUCCACGUCCGACCGGAAGACCGCCGAGGACUCAAUAUUUGACAAGGCUAGCAAGCGCUCGUCAACAUCCGGCGAAUCGCUCUUCCACGCGAACAACGCAGAGGUGCCCCACCUUCUACCUGCGUGGCGACCCGUCUCGGUGUUGAGUUACGGCAGCUCGAGGAGCCCGCCCGAGGAUGACGAUACCAUGGUCACAAUGCUCGGAGGGGGACAUGUUCGACGACAAUCGAUCGGCUCCGUCUACGAGGGUUCGCCGUGCGUUCAAGUCGAAAAGCGAGUAAACAUACUUGCGCCCAGACGGCGCCAAGCUCAGUCCGAACAAUCUGCCUACGAACCAUACCCCAAGCCAAGCGCGGCCAAGGAGAAGGCUCUUGUACAACAGCCGUCCAUUGCCUCAACAUCGUCGUACCAAUUCGGGGAUCAGCGGAUGGUUAGGGCUACCCACGGCCUUCUAGAGCGCCAGAGUCUCGAGAGCAGUUGCCUGAGUGCUGAAGGCGAAGAUUCUUCGUCGUCGUUCUACGGGGAAGCGUCCUUCAAGCGCCCGAAGCCCGGUAAUCGCUCAAGGUCGAAUACCUAUGCGAGCUCUGGAGCUGACACCCCGCCUCUCUCGUCUUCUGACGGAUCUUCUGAGGGUGGCUCUAUGUCAAGUAUCGAUAUGUCGCACCUGAGCAUCGUGCUCGCCAACGUCACUCAUCCCUUGGGAGGUGUCACCGCCACCCGAGCCAGGACCCGCGCUCGAGGCCGUGGGCAUCGCCGUCGCAUUUCAGAGGCCCGCAUGUCACGUUCAUCUGUCUACGAGACCAUCCCUGAGGAAGCGAAUACUCCGUCUGCCCCAAGACUCGCUACUGUGCCCUCGUCCGAAGCCCCGUCCCCUGCUAUCUCAAGGCUCGAGGAUUCUGUCAUCAUCGUAGAUAGCAGCUUCCGCGAUUCCGCGGAAUUCGACGAGCAGGACUACACGGUGCUUCGUCGCUACUACGCGCUCAGGAACGAAGCGCACGAGACACUCGAAGAGAGCAAGCGAGUCUGGUCGGAUACGCCGUUCUCCGUGUUUGCCGUGCAAACUUUUGACCCUCCAUCGGAGCCUGAGGGCAUGAAGGCGCUACUACAUCACUCCCAGCAGGCGUACGGACCCCUACCUCACGAGUUACGUCUCCAGCGCGCGCGGUCUCGCAAAAAUUCCCGGCCCUCUCCGUACCCCAGCACCGGCAUCCAGCGAUCUAGCCCGUCCGACCAGAUAUCGGUAUCGCCAGGCAUGGUGGACGUCACACGGCUGUUAGCCUCCGCGAACAAAUCGACCGUCCUUCGGCAGGUUCCACGCAACGAGAACACGGCAUCUCCGAGAUCAGCGCUUAAGCUCAACGCUGCCGCCAAGGCCACCAAGGCCUUUGCUGCCUACAUCGACGUCGACCCAGUUCAAUCCGAGAAUGUCUCACAGGACGGCCUGCCUCAGUCACGACCUCGCGUCAACUCCGCGGCCCGUCGUACGGCUCUGGGCUGGUCCAAACGGAGUACGGGUAAGAACGACCAGAAGGAAAAUGACCUCUCUCAGCAGAGCGUCGUCAUGAACGCACCAGGCUCGUUGCGGAUCAACCGCCCUCGCCCUCGUGGUAGACCCACGCCAGCGCGAACUGCACAGCCGCAAACAAUCCGCAUCUGAACGCCUGCAUUCUAUACACGAAGGACAUUGGCGACGUCAACCUGGAUGCAACACAUAUGACUGCUCUAUGCUCAUUACCUAUGCACGCACCCCUCAAUUCUCGAUAUCGUAUCGACUCCCAACACGCCCGCACG